AUAAUUGUAAUCUUGCAUUGAAAAUUAAACUAGUACGAAGUAGGAGAUUAACUUUCUUCGUUUUCUUUUGCUUGACCUGCUUAAAUUUCACAAACUACAUAGUACAUGCGGAGUAAAAGAAGUUAAAUAUAUACAAAUAUAAAAUAAAUAAAAAAUAAAAAAGUCAAAGACGAAAGUAGCCCGUAGAACCUUCCGUAUGCGCAAGUCAAAGUAGACAAGAAUAGAGUAUUCGAGUUAGCAUCUGAGUUCUACCACACAUCAGACAAAAAUCUAGUAUCUUCCAGAAUUCUGUAGCAUUUUUUAUUUUAUUAUUCAACAAUAAAAUUCCCCAAUUACUACAAAUUCGACCCACAAAAAUUCCCAAAAUAUCUCUCUCUUCUUCAAAUCAAAAACCCCAAUUUCUAUUUCUUCACCAAUUUCCUCAAUUUUCUCCCUCCUCCCACAAAUUUUUCGAUCAAAUGUCGUCCGCCGGCGUAGCGGUGGCGCCGCCGCAAUCGUACUUCUGUUACCAAUGUAAUCGCACCGUAACCCUAACUCCGACGCCGAAUUCCGAUCUCUCUUGCCCUAAUUGCAGCGGUGGAUUUCUCGAAGAAUACGAUUCAAUUCCGCAAAACCCUAACCCUAAUCGUCUUUUCGGUUCUUCUGCUGCUGCUGUUUACCCUGAUCCUUUCUCUCUAUUCGCCGAUCCCCUUUUCACCACCGCCGUCUCUCGUGGGCCCGGCGGGCUGGGUGGGCCCGCUGUGUUCUCUUCGACGACGAUUGAUUUGCAAAACCCUAGAAAUUUCUCACCUUUUAUGUCACCUUCUUCGGGUUCUCCUGCUUUUAAUCCGUUUGAUUUUCUGCAGAAUUAUCUUCAGCAAAGUGGUGCUAAUGUUCAAUUUGUUGUUGAGAAUGAUCAGGGUGAUCCGAAUUUCCGGCUUCCGACCAAUUUUGGUGAUUAUUUUUUAGGGCCGGGUCUUGAACAGUUGAUCCAGCAGCUUGCUGAGAAUGAUCCGAAUCGAUACGGGACUCCCCCGGCUUCGAAACGGGCGAUUGAUGGUUUGCCCAAUGUUGUGAUCACUGCAGAGGUUGUGAAUUCGGAUUCUAAUUCGUGUGCUGUUUGUAAGAAUGAAUUUGAGGUUGAUUCGAGUGCAAAACAGAUGCCCUGCAAACACUUGUAUCAUUCUGAUUGUUUGAUCCCUUGGCUUCAGCUUCAUAAUUCUUGUCCUGUUUGCCGGUACGAGUUGCCUACCGAUGACCCGGAAUACGAUAAUCAAAGGGCGGGUGGUGGACAAGGUGGGAACUCUGAAGGGUCUUCAGAGAGUGGGAGUGGAAGUGGUGGAUCGCAGGGAGAAGGUAGAAAUAGUGAGAGGAGGUUCAGGAUCGCGUUGUCGUGGCCUUUUAGGAUGUUUGGUGGCUCUGAAGGGAAUAAUGGUGGUGAUAAUGGCGGUCCGGGCUCGGGGGCUCAGCAAGGUGGUAGUGGUGGUGGGGGUUGUGAUCAUGGUUCAGAGCCAAGGCAUGAAAGCUUGGAUUGAAGUUAAGAAAGGUUUAUGGCCAGAGCUUUGUAAUUUGAUUGUAACUCUCUCAAGCUCAUUUUUUGCAAGACUUUCGAGGAGGGUGCUGCACUUUGUGGACAUAAUUUAUCUUAUAUAUGUUUGAUACACAUCAAUUUAAGGUUAGAUUGGUAGCAAAAGGUUGCUAGAGAAGGAAGAGUGUUUUCAGUGUCGAUAUUAGCUGUUACUAUUUGGUCACUUUUGUUUGUACAAAAUUGUAUUUGAAAUCAAAUUGGCCUAAUAUUAAAACUGAUAUUGUGACAUUCCAUUAGUUAUAUUGACUUUGUGCUGAAGCUUUGAUCUACUUCUUUGAGAACGAGUUAAUGAUGAACAACGUUAUUGUAA